CUUGAAGUGAACAAGGAACGUGAUCCUAAUGAUUGUUUUGAAGUAUUUGUAAAAAAAUUAUUAAUAUUUGGUGCUAACAUCCGUUUUCAAAACGCCUGAUAAGUGUGAAUCACCAAAAAUCAAAUAUCCUGCAUUGUACUUACUGUUUUUAUAAAUUUUCCACGCAUAAAAUAAAUCAGAUCCACACUCAAAAUGGCUAAAGAACUGAAAUCACUUGGCUGGGACUACUUCAUGUUUGUGGUCUUCAUUUUGAUCACCAUAUUCGCACCGCUGUGGAAACGUAUAUUUGGCAAGAAGAAGGAGCGCAGCAAAGCCGACUAUGUCUUUGCCACAGGCGGCAUUUCAAUUAUUGCCAUUAUGUUAUCAAUUGCACGCGGCACGCUGGGUGUACGCACCGUACUAGGUUAUCCCAGCGAGCUGUUUUAUCGUGGCUCGGCCAUGUGGGAGAACAUCUACGGCAUGGUCAGCGCUUAUCCCAUUGUGUGCUUCGUUUUUGUGCCAGUCUACUUUAAUUUGGGCAUAACGUCCGUCUACCAGUACAUAGAUUUAAGAUUUAAGAGCCGACUGGUGCGCUGCCUCGCUUCCGGCACCUACAUUGUGCGGCAACUUUGCUCUCUAGGCAUUGCAGUCUACACACCCAGCGUCGCAUUGUCGACCGUAAUUGGCAUUCCCUACUGGGCAUCCAUUGUGGGCAUGGCUGUGAUUUGCAUAUUUUUCACCAUCAUGGGCGGUCUGAAAGCAGCCAUUAAUGCCGAUGUCAUUCAAACUGUAACGGUAAUUUUGGUGACACUAGCUGUCAUUGUGAAAGGUCUCAUGGUCAGUGGAGGCGUACAACACGUUUACGAAACGAAUCGCGAUAACGGUCGUUUAACAUUCUUCAACUUCACCGGCGACAUGACCGUGCGCGUGGACACGCUUUCCGCUUGGAUUGGUCAAUUGUUCAUGUCCUUGUCACAAUUUGGCUGCCAGCAAAAUUUCAUGCAACGUUAUGUUUCGCUGAAAUCCAUGAGUGAUGUGCGGCGCGUCAUGAUGACAAAUAUUCCCAUCAUCGUCGUAUUCUUCUCGCUCUCCUGGCUCUCGGGUAUGGUAAUCUAUGCCAGCUAUAUAAAUUGUGAUCCAUACGCAGAGGGCUACAUACAAAAACCAGAUGAAAUUUUGCCAUUCUUCGUAGAGGACCAGUUGGCCGUAAUACCCGGUUUCGUGGGCAUCUUCAUGGCCAUGCUCUUCAAUGGUGCCUUAUGCAUGAUGGUUUCGAAUUUAAAUUCAUUAGCCACUGUUUGCUGGGAAGAUUUCGUCUCGCAAAUACCACAAUUCAGGGGACUCAGCGACAAGCAACAGCUUUUCAUCCUAAAGAUUAUAACCGUCAUUUGUGGCUUGAUUACAAUUGGCGUUGCCUUUGGUGUGGGUCUACUGUCCGGCGUAAUUGAAUCAUCGAUGUUGGCGUUUUCGGCUACAUCUGGCCCGUUAUUGGGCUGCUUCAUGUUGGCCAUGCUGGUGCCGAUUGCUAAUUGGAAGGGUACAUCCGCUGGCAUGAUUGCAUCGUGCGCUUUCGUACUAUGGAUCAUCGCUGGCAGCGCCACCGUCGACAAAACUGCUCAGAACACUUUCCUGCCCACGUCCACAGAGGGCUGCACCAACACUACUUUCUCAGCGUCUAUAACUAAACCAAAUGGCCUCGAACAGUCUUGGUUGAUCUCACAUUCGCUGCUCAACAAUUCGUYGCCACUGCAAGAAACAAUUAUGGCGCCUGAACGCACCCCAAUGGAGACAUUCUAUUCCAUCAGUUACAUGUACUACAGUCUGCUCGGAGCUGUGAUUACGGUUGGUGUUGGCGUCAUAAUCAGUUAUCUAACACGUGAUCCCAAAGACGCCUACGAUGCUAAGCUCCUACAUCCGAUGGUAUUGCGUUGGUGCGAACGUUUYCCCGGCGACAAACCCUAUAUAAUCGGUGAUGCCAACAGUGAUUUGACCACAGUUGAUAAAGCCAAGGGCGCAAAAGUAAAUCUGGCAUUUGAUGGACAAACCGAAUCGAAUAUCAUUAUUGGCACCAGCAAUGAGAAACAAAAACGUAACCCCAUUGAUGUUGUUUUCACCAAUGGACAAAAUGGCCACAACAAUGACAGCGCUGAUGAGCGUAGCAUAACAAAGGGUAGUCAAGCGAGGGCGGCUGAAAUGGAUACACCACCGAGCGCCGGCGAAAAUGGCACAUACCGGCAGUUCAAAGAGAAAGAGACAGUGUGAUAUGCAUCGGUAGUUGCUGAAUCACCUAUGAUGAUAGGCGGAGAGGACCCUUGAUAUUUGCAUUGUAGAGACUUAAGUUAAUUUACUUAAUAUUUUAAURCUAUUUUGCAAAUGUUAUUAUAUACAUACAUAUAUACUAUAUAUUACUAUAUAUUUUAAGAAAAUAUGAAGUUUAUUGUUAGUAAUGUUUAAGUCUGAAAGUUACAAAUAACUUAAAAGCUUCUAAACUAGCUAGUAAAGAUAAUUACACCAGAAUUUAUACACACAUACAGAUAUUAGAAAUAUUACUAUUUAGAUAGUUAGUUAACUAAGUCAUCAAUUAAUGAUGUAUGUGAAGAUGAUGAAGACACUGUGAUCAUUAAUUAAUUUGACUACUUGUACUGAUCCGAUUCAACAUGUAUAUGCAUACGUAUAUAUGAGGUAUAUGUUCACAUUCGUGGGAACAAUAUACAUAAAUAUAUUUUUUGACGUAUAUUGCUAAAUGUA